GGCAAAGAAACCGUGAGAAAAAGGCAAAGAAAGGGAUGCACCAGAAGGAUCGCAAGUCCUAGAGCUUCAACGAGAGUGAGAGAGAGAUUGGUAGCAAAGGAGAGAGGGAGGGAGAGAAGGAGAGAGGGAGGGAGAGAAGGAGAUAGGGAGGGAGAGAAGGCAUGCUUCGCUGACAGUGAAAGACAGAGGUAAGACCUUGCGGAGGACUCUCCAAUCAAGCGUGCGCGCGAGAGGGAAACAGAGCGAGAGAGAAAGAGAGUGAGAGAGAGAGAAGCAUAGGCAGGGGGAGGGAGUGGAGAAGGAACAGAGAGAAGAGGAAAGGGGGACUCUGAGGUUUAGAAAGAAGGAAAAAAAGGAAAGAGAGCGGAGGACGAGUAGCGGAACGACAGCGGCAGGCAGGAAAAGCACAAACCAAGCCCUGCUUACAGCCAUGGCGAUAGGGCUGUAGCAAUGUCACCGUAGCGAUGAAGCUAACAUCACAGCGAACUACUCGGCGAUAACAGGGAGGAUGUCUGACGCUGGACUUUGCCUAUGUGGCGAGAGACAAAAACACACGGGUGUUGAAAUGCCAUGUGUUUCGAUGUGAUACCCCUGCAGAAGCCAUAGCAACGAGUCUCCACGAAAUCUGUUCCAAGAUUAUGGCUGAGAGGAAGAGUGCGAAGGCUGCUGCCUGCAGCUCAUCCCAAACAGGCUCCGAUGUUCCUCUCCAGGAGUUUCCCGUCCCAAAGACUGAGCUGGUACAGAAGUUCAAUGUGAACUACCUGGGGAUGACGUCUGUGUCUCGCCCCAUAGGUAUGGACAUCAUCAACGGGGCUAUAGAGAGCCUGGUGACCUCCACAGGAAAAGAGGACUGGACCCCUGUCAUACUGAGUGUGGCUGACGCCACCGUGGCUGUCAUCAAGGAGAAGGAGGAGGAAGUGUUGGUGGAGUGCCGCGUGCGUUUCCUGUCCUUCAUGGGAGUGGGCCGGGACAUCCACACCUUUGCUUUCGUCAUGGACUCUGGGAACCAGCACUUCCAGUGCCACGUGUUCUGGUGUGACCCCAACGCUGGCAGUGUGUCUGAGGCCGUGCAGGCUGCUUGUGUGCUGCGGUAUCAGAAGUGUCUGGUGGCACGCCCCCCCUCCCAGAGAGCUGGCUCCUCAUCCCCGCCCCCCGACUCGGUGACGCGCCGGGUGACCACCAGCGUGAAGCGUGGCGUCCAGUCUCUCAUAGACACUCUGAAAACAAAGAAAACGCCCUCAGAACUGCCUCAGCAAUGACGGACAGCUCACUGACCACACCCCCUACCACAGCCCCUGGCUUUGUCACUCACACUAUCGCCACAACUACGACCUACAACCACUCCUAACCAAUACCAGCCAUGGUAACCAACGAUGUACAUACAUGUUAACUUAACACCACUGGGCAGACCAAAGGAGGAAUGGAUCUGGAAAUGUGUAUCUGCUCAAAAUAAUACAAAGUGAACUAAUCUGCAGAAGAAGAAGAAGAAGGCCAAGCUACAGCAGAAUGAUGUGCUGUUAAUUUGGGUCAUCACUAGUGGAACUUUCCAUUGAGCUUUGAACUCUGCUGUGUCAUAGCGAGACUUGCCUACUUUAGCCAGGCCACAGCUGUCCUCACCGGGCACUGCCUCGUCUUGUGGAGUAUUAUUACUACUGAGCUGAAUGGAGUAUUAAGCCGAUGUCACACAAAGCAUUCUGGAUACAAUUUAUGUUGCUUGCAACAAAGGUGCAACUGUGUUGCACAGUGUGUCACCCCCCAAAUGUUUUGGGGCCUGCAACUUAGUUGCAUUGCACCGCAAGAUAGAAAUGAAUCCUAUUUCCCGCAACUGACUGUAUGGGGUGUCCAAUCAGUGAGCAGAAAAAAAAGUUUACAUGACUCGUCAUAUCGUUCCGUACGGAACUCUGACCCGGUUGUCGUGUCAACACAGCUGUAAGUGCUGCUGCAAACCACAAGAGACAUGCCAAAUGUCAGAAAAAAUUGUCUAGUCAUGGCUUACGUACAUGCUCUGGCAGUCAAUAAAUGUCAUUUUAAAAGUGAACCCAGACCUUUAUCUGUCCAGUUUCAACUGAAAUUGUCCAACAUGAACUGCGCUAGCGAGGUUAGCUCGUUGCUAGCUUAUUUAGCUAGCUAGAUUGGUAAAACAUAGCCCUUGAUCAUGACUCUCAGUUCCAUUACAUUAUACAUAAGACUUAUUGGAUGAAGGCGUCUUCUCUACGGGGGAGUUUUGUUAAGAUCCCCGAUGCUCAAUCUGAACAGUAACACGAGUCGCUUGCGGUACGGUUUUGGAAGCGUAAGGACCUUAUCUUUCAUAUCAUCGAGAAAUAAUAAAAUAAAAAAAUAGAAAGGUUAAUUUGAUACACACCUUGCUACUUGAGAGCAGCCCUGUUCCCAUCACAGUGCCAAACUGAGUAGCAUUCCAGAACGGGACACACACACAAUGGUCUCUUUAAGACGUCUGUCUCGUUGACGUGGAAACGGGACAUGCUUAUGGCAAAAGCCGAUCGCUACGGACAAGGCCACUGACCAAUCGCCGCCAUCCAGCUGUUCUACCCAACCUGGUAACCUUUGAGCCCCAGACUCCAACAGAGACGUGUCAUGUGAUGGACUAGACAGCCAUGAUGUCCUAACAGAUACAGGAAGUGCACAGAGCAUGGGAACCAAUGUAUUCCAUCCCAUCUGGCUCACAUAACGGACUGAACCAAUGUCUCCCUUGAGGGGUGCUCGGAUUGUACUAUACUUAUUGUAAAGUAAUGAUUGUACCCCAGGUUGGAGAUGAGAGGUGAGAGGGAGGAAUGGGGUGGUGUUGGUAUUUCAUGUGUCUGUAAUCUGAAUGUGAGGGGAGAGAUAGAGAUGGAUCAUCAUUGGAGAGAGAAGUUACUGAGGAGGGUGUCAUUAUGGAGAUAGGUGCUCUGCACAAAAGCCUAACCCCACCAGACUAUCUAAACCUGUCCCCACACACACACACACACGUUCACCAAACUAUGGAGAGCUGACCGCCCACUGUCUCCUUUAGGACCCAGGAACACCUCUCUACACUCUAACUCAACUCUGUGAAUGCAAUCCACUCCAACGUUAAAAACAUACGUGAAAAUAGUGUGAUUCAUGUGCUCUGUUCUUCACUCAUCUCUACACCAUGUAAUUGUAAUCUGUUGUGAAAAUAAAUGCAAUACCAAAACAAGGGAA